UCCAGAGUACACUACUGCUGCUUUACCAGGUAGAGAAACAGCUAAACAAUCCAGGAACUGGCAGAAAUGGAAGCAUCACAGACUCCCAACUUGUGAUCCACCAAGUUGCUUGAUUUACUUCUAAAAUACUUGGUUCACAGCAUGACUUAGCUUCUAUCUUGUGCACUCACAGCAUCUUCCAUCUCAGAAUUCUCUCCCAUGGCUAGCCUCCAAAAGUUCCAGCAUCACACAUACUACAUGACACCUCAGAGAAACCCCAAAAGACCCAAACUUCCAUGCAUGAGCCCCCUUUUCUGGUCAGGCUUGGAGCCAACAUGGGACCCCACUGCAAGCCUCUCCUGGUCCAUUCCUUCCUUUUGUCAUCACCAGGUGUUCUGAUUUGCUUCACAUGCUCUUCCCAAAUGCUAUUUUGUUGCAGCACACAAGAGGUUUGCCAAUAGUUUUACCUCUAUUAACAACCUCUGUAAUUUUCAGGUAUCUGGACUGCAUGUGUUGGCUCUCCCAUUGAUUCAUUUGCAUCAGAAUUUGAUGAUGGUACUGUAAUGGCCCCAACAUCUAUCAAUGACAUGGGGUUGGUUAAGAUUCUUGCAAUGGCAUUAAGAAACAGAGGCAUGCAGUAACUUGAGAAGAUUAAGACCAACCUGGCCUCUGCUUGGUGUAUGAGUUCCCACCUGCUCCCCUUGAAUCCUUUAGGACAAUAAGGAGAGAUUAUAAAGGGGAUAAAUAAAGGCUCUCCAACUUGACAUGAAUCCAGGAUAACUUAUCAGCAUUCUAAAGGUACAACCUUCGGCAUCACUCAACUUCUCAUAGAUAUUCUUUUUCUUUCAUGAGGCCAACCUAUGAACUCCUACUCUACAUUAACUACUUCCACUUACUCAAAUCCAACGACAUAAACACAACAUCAUCACAUCCAGCAUGCCAGAUCUGAUCCUUGAGGAAGAAAAAGAAGUUUCUCAAGGCUGCCUAUAAAGGGGGCAUGCCAUGGCCCGCCCACAGGCCAAUACAGUGGGAAUGUCUCGAGAAGUUAGAAUACAGUGAGCCUGCCUCGCUUUCCUUUAGUUUAUAUUCUCUCCUCCCUCCACUGCUACCCCCUUCGAGUCUCCACCACUUGUAUAUUUCCUUCGACCGCCCUUUCCUCCAAAGAAAAGGUGGAACAAGUCCAAGCAACGACAAUGGCUCCAUCAGAGGAACGGGAGGCCAUUGAGGAAGAAGAGGUGUCCCUUUCGCCCUCGGAUCUCCCGGUGGCCGCCGACAAAGAUGAUGAUGGCGAGUGCAAGUCCAGCGACGCUGAGGACGACUUCGAGUUCCGGAUAUCGGUGGCUGGAGGCCUCCUUUCCCAUGCGGCCGAGACCGACAUGUGCGCGGCCGAUGAAGUGUUCUUCCAGGGCCAGAUUCUUCCACUGCGGCCCUCCGUUGGCUCCGACAGCGGAUUCUUCGUCGCCAGCCGGGCACCGAGCCGGAGCAGGUCGAUGUCCGACUCACUCGACCAGUAUUCCUCUACCGUUCUGGGAUUGGGCUUCAACAGCACGAGUCGGAGUAAUAGCAGCGGCAGCAGCAGCAGGAGCAGCAGUGGCUGUGUGAGUAGGAGUCAUUCGUCGAACAGUCAUGGAAGCAGCACCUGCGAGCACCCCCGGGUAUCACUGUCCAACAACUUCUACGCUCAUCCAAGUCCCACGCCGCAGGUUCGCAUCCUAAGGAACGCCCACGCGCGGCGGAGGAGCACAAGUUCUGCGCCACCAGGGUGGGGGAUCUUCCGGUUGGGCAUCGCCAAGGCCCCCGAGAUCGAAUUAUACGACAUCAGGUCGCGAAGGUCGAACAGCGGCAGUGUCAGCGGCAGGAAGAGCAAUGUCGACGCCGAGGAUGCAAAGAAGGCUCUAAGAGGUACAAACCGUAGUACUUCAAAGAAUGCCGCAGAUGUCCAGAAGAAGGCAGCGUCCCAGGCCGCCGGGCGUGGGUUCAGCUGCAAGUGCUCCCCGGACGCGCUGGAGCCGGUCGCCAUACCGAAGCUGGGGGUCACAAAGAAGAAAAAGGAGCAGCAGACCACGCACAGGAGUAGAGGAGAAUUGAACGGUUGAAGGGUCUCUCGACUGCAAAGGCAACAGGAAGAUGAGAUGCAUGGUGGUCAAAGAGCUGGUUUGACUCGUCCACCAUCUGGCUUCUCAUUUGCAUCGUCUUCUUUUUCUCUUCUUUCAUCUCUUGGAGUACUCCAAUGCAUAAACCUGCUCAACUUUGUAGAGCUUUUUGUUCUUCUUUUGUGUUUGUAAGUGGGAGGUAAUGAUAAGAGCGUGCCUUUUGCUCGAGAAGCUUUGAUGGUGGUGGAGAAGGGAGCUUUGGGUGUGUGCCUAUUUCCCUUAGAAUAAUUUCC